CAGUGCGGAAGGGAAAACCAAACCUGUUAAGAGCAGUCCCCUGUGUGCGAGGAGUUGGCAGAUACCCGCUAAUCAGGUCUAUCAACAUAGUACUUGAGCUAAUAAGCCGAUAACUGGCAGCACUGCACCACGAAACCAAUUUAAAGCGGUCAAUGAGUUUAGUUUCAAACGGAACGCGCUGCCGACAAAAUGAGGCUCUCGACGACUUACCACUUCAAUCUGCUGGCAUUAUAUCUCCUGGCAUUUGGUCGGGUGGAGGCCCAGACCCAGACAGAGGCACAGGCACAGCCACUGGCCCAAUCACUGGCUCUGACAGAUGCAAAUGACACGCAGAUGGAGGCCAAAGUUCUGCGUCGACACAAACGUUAUCUGGCAUUUCCGGAAGGGUCAUCGGUAUCGGCGGCCAUUUGCAUGACGAUCGGCAUGAUUGGCAAUCCCGAUGUGGACUUUCUCAGCUGGGCGGUCAACUGGGGCGUCGCCUACGAUCUGCCCAAUCGUGAGUGGGUUAUCCAGCAUGCCCAUGGCCUGAACGCAACCCUAUCGAAGGAUAUUAUCAGGCGUCGCUCUCGACGUGCCUUCUACGACGAAGUUAAGUCCAUCUUCAAUAACAUGGGCUUUAAUGGGCACUCAUGUGUGGCUAGAGCUCUCUGCGAGAGUGCCAAGUACAUGCUGCCCCAGGAACAGAAGGGCAACAUGCUGCAGGAGCUCGUCCGCACCGUCUUUAGCAUGCCCCCAACGCCAGUGGCUGGCCACGAGCCCCAGGCCCAUCAUCAGUACGAUCGCAUCUACCGCCGCUCCAAGCGAGCUUCAAGGGAGUGCGACGAAAUCUAUCCGGAAUGCCAAUUCUCCCUGCUGGCCCUGGCGCUGGGCAAAUACAUGGCCGCCACUACCACCAAGCUGAGUGCCUUUAAUUUUAUGUGAAUAAACGCGAUUUGGCUGAGACAAUAAAACAUUACUUUCGACUGAUCAAAUCAAUGGUUCUACUA